UCACCUUCUCUCUCCUUCUUCACAAGCAAAAACUCCCUCCCACCUCAUUACAUUUCUUCAGUUUGCCGACACUCCAUUUCCUUCUUCGUCUCUCCCUCUCUCUCUCUCUGCGACCGCCAUGGAUUCUCUCUUCUAUGGCGUAUCCAAGCUCCUCCUCUUCUCCCUCUUCUCGGCCUCCAUUGCCGUCGCAUUCUCUGAAAAACCAAUUUCUUCUUCUUCUUCUUCUUCAGGGUCCGGUCAGAUCAACUCCAAUUCCGUUCUUGUUGCUCUCCUUGAUUCCCACUACACAGAACUCGCUGAGCUCGUGGAGAAAGCUCUUCUUCUCCAGACACUCGAAGAAGCUGUCGGAAAACACAACAUCACCGUCUUCGCGCCGAGGAAUGAAGCUUUGGAGCGAGAGCUCGACCCUGAAUUUAAAGCGUUCUUGCUCGAACCCCGGAAUCUCAGAUCCUUACAGACCCUCUUGAUGUUCCACAUUGUUCCUCAACGAAUACGGUCUCAUCAAUGGCCCCGUGAAGAUUCCGGGUCUGUCAGACACCGCACCCUCUGCAAGGAUCAUGUGAACCUGAUCCAAUUCCAGGGUCCGAAUCGGAGGAAGAUGAUUGAUUCCGCUGAAAUUAUCCGACCCGACGAUGUGAUCCGAACCGAUGGGAUCAUCCACGGGAUCGAAAAGCUUCUGAUCCCUCGCUCGGUCCAGGAGGACUUCAACCGUCGGCGAAGUCUCCGAUCAAUUUCCGCCGUGUUACCAACCGGAGCUCCGGAGGUCGACCCUAGGACCCACCGCCUCAAGAAGCCAGCUCCUCCCGUUCCCGCCGGAGCUCCGCCGGUGCUCCCGAUCUACGAUGCCAUGGCUCCGGGACCUUCUCUAGCUCCGGCGCCGGCUCCGGGGCCCGGAGGACCCCACCACCACUUCAAUGGCGAAGCCCAGGUGAAGGAUUUCAUCCAAACGCUCGUGCAUUACGGUGGAUACAAUGAAAUGGCCGACAUUCUCGUGAACCUGACCUCGUUAGCGACGGAGAUGGGUCGGUUGGUGUCGGAGGGUUAUGUCCUAACGGUGCUUGCUCCGAACGAUGAAGCCAUGGCAAAGCUGACAACGGACCAACUGAGCGAACCAGGUUCGCCGGAGCAGAUCGUGUAUUACCACAUCAUUCCAGAGUAUCAGACGGAGGAGAGCAUGUACAACGCCGUGAGGAGAUUCGGGAAGGUGAAGUACGAAACGCUGCGUUUUCCUCAUCGAGUUUUGGCUCAGGAAGCAGAUGGGUCGGUGAAAUUCGGGCAUGGAGAUGGAUCUGCUUACCUGUUCGAUCCAGACAUUUACACCGACGGUCGGAUUUCGGUUCAAGGGAUUGACGGCGUUUUGUUGCCGGAGAAGGAAUCACCGGCGAAGCAGAAACCCGCCGGUGCUGGGGUCGUGAAGAAAGCUGCUAAACCCAGGAGAGGUAAAUUGAUGGAAGUGACAUGUAGAAUGCUGGGAGCUGUUGGACAGGACUCGCGAUUCACUUCUUGUCAAUAAAACUUUCACUGUAAAAAAAAUGGAAAAGAAAUUUUACCAACUGCUGUAAAUGAGAAAUUCCAACAUCUGGAAACUUUUCCAGGGUCGGUUGAAUGUGUAAAUGAUUUUAUUUUUGGCGCUCUUGUUUACGGUUUCUCGUGUUCACUGUAUUUUUUUUUUAUACAUAUAUUAUGGACAAUAGAUUUUAAAGAUCUGUUAUUUUAAAAAUAAUUACUACGUACGGA